AUGCGGCCUUUACAGCCUCUGCAACUCCGGAGACUCUUGCUCCGCUACCUCUCUACCUCGUCUUCAUCACCAUCUUCUUCUCCAACUAUUCAAACCCACAUUCUGUUUCACUCAAGAAAACCCACCCAUUUCCACUAUGCCCAACCCGCCAUUACCACAACAGCAAGCUCUCACUUUCUCUCUCUUCUUCAUUUCUGUGUCUCUAAACCCUUUUCUUCCUCAACCUCACCAGCCCACGACUCGGAUCAGUCCCAAUUAGCUCAGUCUCUCUCCUCUGAACUCCUCAUAGACCCUAGCUCCGAUCCUCUCUCUGUCUCCCAACGCCUACAAUUGAGCUUCUCCCACAUCACCCCGACUCCUUCCCUGGUCCAGUCCGCGCUCAAUCUGUCUCCUGAUGCCGGCCGUGCAGUUAUAGGGUUUAACGAGUGGCUCAUCUCAAACCCUACUUUUGAGCACACCGAUGAGACCCUCUCGUAUUUUGUGGAUUAUUUUGGUAGGAGAAAGGAUUUCAAGGCGACCCAUGAUGUGAUUGUUAGUGCAGGUGGGGUUGCUGGGCCCAAAACCUUUGCUUCCUCCAUUGAUAGGCUGGUGAGAGCUGGGAGGCCGGCACAGGCUGUUUCUUUCUUUGAGAGGAUGGAGAAGGACUAUGGGCUUAAGAGGGACAAAGCUUCGCUUAGAUUGGUUGUGGAGAAGCUUUGUGAAAAUGGGUUUGCGAGUAAUGCUGAGAAAAUGGUGAAAAGUUUGGCCAAUGAGUUUUUCCCUGAUGAGUAUAUUUGUGAUUUGCUUAUUAAGGGUUGGUGUAUUGAUGGGAAGCUUGAGGAGGCUCGAAGAUUGGCUGGGGAGAUGUAUAGAGGAGGGUUUGAGAUUGGUACCACUGCUUACAAUGCCAUUCUUGACUGCGUUUCUAAGCUUUGUAGGAAAAAGGACCCUUUUCGCCUUCAUUUGGAGGCCGAGCAAAUCUUGGUGGAUAUGGACACUCAUGGGGUUCCAAGAAAUGCGGAGACUUUCAAUGUGUUGAUUAGUAAUUUGUGUAAGCUUAGGAAGACCGAGGAUGCUUUGAACUUGUUUCAUACAAUGGGUCAGUGGGGUUGUUAUCCAAAUGAAACUACGUUCCUUGUGUUGAUCAGAAGCUUGUAUCAGGCAGCGAGGAUUGGGGAAGGGGAUGAAAUGAUUGAUAGGAUGAAGUCGGCCGGGUUCAGUGGGGCUCUUGAUAAGAAGGCCUAUUAUGGAUUCAUGAAGAUUUUGUGUGGUAUUGAGAGGAUUGAUCAUGCUAUGCGUGUUUUCAAGAAGAUGAAGGAGGAUGGAUGUGAGCCUGGGAUCAAGAGUUAUGAUCUGUUGAUGGGAAAACUGUAUGCUCACAACCGUGCUGAUAGAGCCACUGCCCUGUUUAAUGAGGCUCAAAAGAGAGGGGUGGCUUUGACACAGAAGGCAUAUCAGGCGGAUCCGAGAUUCUUGAAGAAGAAGCCAAAGGCUGCGAAGAAGGAGAAGAAGCGGGAAACUUUUCCUGAGAAGAUGGCAAGGAAGAAGAGACGUCUUAAGCAAAUUCGAUUGAGUUUUGUAAAGAAGCCAAAAAAAAUGAUGCGUCGAGCCUACUGA